UUGUACGCCACAUAGAAGUUUCGCAAACCCCAACUUGAACAGACUGAUUCCCAAGUUUUUGUUACAAUAAAAUACUUUUUCAUUUUUUUCAUAGACAAAUUUUCAAAUUAGAAAAUUUUAUAAAGUAUUCGAUUCAAUUCAGCAGUUCCAAACGCACGUGUAAUAAGAUUUUCUCAUAAGUUGUAAAAUGAAACAAUUUACAAACGGCGUUGAACAAUUCACAUUAUUUUUACUUUUCACUUUACUCAUUACAUUCACAAGCGGUGAUGAAGAUAAAAGACCAAGUCCUCCUUCAAAUCAGGAAAAUUUCGAAUUUGAACAAUACGGAGUGAAAUAUGCAUCUCCUUGUGAAGCAUGCAAAAUUACUGCAUUUGAAUUGGAAGCAAAACUAUUUGAAACGGGUAAAAAUGGCGAAAUGCUCACAACUUCUUAUCACAUCGACGCCACGAAAGAGAUAAAACGGAAAGAGUACAAGAAAAGUCAGGUGCGACUGAUUGAGUCACUGGAAACGGCGUGCGACGGAAUCCUGACCUACAGUCUCCACAAAGAACGGCAAGACUCCACACGAUUUGCCAAGGGUCAGAGUCAAACUUUUCAAACGCUUCAUGGAUUAGUGGCCAAAGGGGUCAAAGUGGAUUUAGGAAUGCCGUACGAAAUGUGGGACAAGCCACCAGCAGAAGUGACGGAUUUAAAAGCAAAAUGUGAACACCUACUUGAAAAGUACGAGUCUGAAAUUGAGGAUUGGUACAACGAGGGUGAAACUGUCCCCUUGAAUGACUUCCUUUGCAAAAACCUCGUCCUCAAAGGUAAAGAUGAUAAAUGCUUGUCAGAAAAAAUUGGAUUACCACCACCACCCGCAGAAGCACCAAAAACAAAGAAGAAUCAAAAUGUAAAAAAGGCUGAGUUGUAAAGUUUUAUGGGGAUUUUAUAAGCCCAACGAUUUUGAUAUUAAGAUGCAUUAUAGUAUGUAUGUAAAUGUGCCAUUAUUACCAAGUAUUAUUGCUGAAUUUGCUAACUUACCAAUAUGUACAGUAAAAUUAUUUAUUGAACAAAAUGUCCUUUGAUACCGAUAUAAAUUUGCCAGAAUUAUUUAUUUAUAUGAACCAACAAAUGAAUACAAAUGAUAAAUGAAAAUCGUGCAAAACAAAA